CUACGGUAGUAUACGAUGUCCCACCUACAUCACGCUUAGGCCACUUCCGGUACCGAGUUCACGGGCUUGAACGGCGGGCUUUUCCUUACAUUAUGAAAUAUAUAUUCGGGCGCUUUAUUUGUUAGAAAACGUAACCGUGCAAUAUUUGUAAAUAGAUCCCAUUUAAGCCCUCGCCGGCUCGUAUUCGAGGUGAAAGCAAAGCCUGCGCCUGGCCAGGCAUAAAACCAGCACGGCGUCAUGAAGCUAACAGACAAUGUGCUGAGGAGUUUCAGGGUCGCGAAGGUUUUCCGAGAAAAUUCGGACAAAAUUAAUUGUUUUGAUUUCAGUUCAAAUGGCGAGACGGUGAUAUCGAGCAGCGACGACGACUCUAUCGUCUUAUAUGACUGCCAGGAGGGAAAACCUAAGCGUACUCUCUACAGUAAAAAGUAUGGUGUGGACCUCAUCAGAUACACACACGCCGCCAAUACAGUCGUGUACAGCUCGAACAAGAUUGAUGAUACUAUUCGGUAUUUGUCUCUUCAUGACAAUAAGUACAUUCGUUACUUUCCUGGGCACAAUAAGAGGGUUGUUGCUCUGUCUAUGUCUCCUGUUGAUGACACAUUCAUCUCUGGCUCCUUGGAUAAAACUAUUCGGCUAUGGGAUCUUCGCUCACCCAAUUGUCAGGGUCUAAUGCAUCUGCAGGGGAAGCCAGUGUGCUCGUUUGAUCCAGAGGGUCUUAUAUUUGCUGCAGGAGUCAAUUCAGAGAUGGUCAAACUUUACGACUUGCGCUCAUUUGACAAAGGCCCAUUUGCUACGUUUAAGCUGCAGUACGAGCGUUCAUGCGAGUGGACCGGCCUCAAAUUCAGCAACGAUGGAAAACUCAUCCUGAUCUCCAGUAACGGUGGAACCCUCAGGCUGCUUGAUGCUUUCAAAGGGGCUGUGCUACAUUCAUUUUCGGGCUACAACAACGGUAAAGGUGUAGUUCUGGAAGCCUCCUUCACCCCAGACUCUCAGUUUGUCAUGAUUGGUUCGGAGGAUGGGAAAAUCCAUGUGUGGAACGCUGAGAGUGGAAUGAAAGUAGCAGUGCUGGAUGGGAAACACACAGGUCCUGUCACCUGCUUACAGUUUAACCCAAAAUUCAUGACCUUUGCCAGCGCCUGUUCUAACAUGGCUUUCUGGCUACCAACAAUUGAUGACUAAUGAAGCUGUGCACUAAAGAAAUUUGAAUUUAACUGGUUGUUGUUGAUGGGUUGUUGAUCCUGCAGAUGGCAGCAUUUCCAUUGCCUCUGGAUCACUGGAACUGCUUUUUGUGGACUGUAAAUAGGCUGACCGUGAUGCCAUGUUCUAAUUUCUUUUUCAUUUUAUACCUGUAUCAUUAAAUAAUGUUCUUUUGUAAA